AUGUCUGUCCGUCUCAUAAAUGAAUGUGUUUUGCUCAGUGCUUACGAGUUACAUAGGAUUGUGCCCAUAAACCGGCUACCACUCCAGGGAGAGGAGUCCAAAGUCCCCUCCUCAUCAUCAACUUGCACGGAUCCCACGGUCUCCCUACCUUGGCAUGCCAGGCUAAGCAUACAGAUCGAUAAUAUCAGGGGCCCCCCGUAUCCCGAUGAUGAUGAUUUUAAUCCAACCCAUCCAGCGUAUGUCUGUGACCUCAACCAGAUCUGCUCUGAUGGCAUCAAACAACAAGAAUCGGUACUUCAAGAAUACUUGGACCCGCUAUGGGAAAUCAUUGGUUCACUUCAGGACAUUGAGGACCGAGAGAUGAAGGUUCAGCGGACCUCUGAUGAACUGAAGCUCAGACUUCAAGGGAUCACCGAUAUGCUCUUCAGCGCCGCUAUCCGUUACAUCGACAACCUUGAUCCCCGCGAGCAAUACGCAGCGGUCGAACACUGGAAAUUGACCUCGGAAAGACUGCGGCUUUUUGUUGCCUCCGUACUUCAGAUUAGCACAAGGAACAUGGCUGAAUCGUUGGACGUGGCCAAGAGGAUUUGGGAAGGGCGGGCCAACACGAGGAGCAUGGUUCAGGCGGAGCGUGAGAGAAUUAUAUUGGAGUUGGGUGAGCAGGGUAUAUCUCAACAAUUAUCAGAUAUUUGA